AUGUUGGCGAAUGGACCAAAAUUGAAACAUACGGACACGAAUUGCGGGUUAUUCAACUAUGAACGAAUGAUACUCGAUGACAAGGCGCCGAAUAUUUUGCUACACUGGACCCUCACCACAAAAACGACGCCUCGAAUUGUGCUUCGACCCAGCUAUCGCUAUAUUUUUCCAAAUGAAAUUUCAAAAGGAAAAUGCAAAUACUUUUUGACGGAUCAAUCGGAUGAGGCUCUUAUCAAUCAAUGGAUUCAGAAGAAUGACGGGGAAGUUCCGACACAAUUAAUUACGGAACGAAUGAAGAAUUUGACCAUGUUUGAGAAGCACGGAAAACAGAAUUUCUACAUUCGAUGCAUUCCACCAGCCGACGCUUUAUCCCAAGAAGAUGGUCGAAUUUUUGUGGAAGACGCUGUCGAAAUUGUGCCAUUGAUUGCCAAAAAAUCGUCGUCAAGUAUGAACAAAAAGCUGGCUGAUAAGAAGCUCAACAAUCACAAGAUGAAAUGGAUCAAAGGACAAAUUCCACAAGCACACAGUACGAUUUCAGUCGCCGAUUUUGUCGAUUUUUUGGGAGAAUUGGAUUGUAAUAAGUCGCUGGUUACGAUUGUCGAAGAUGCUCCACACUUGUCAACAAAAAACGAAAUGGUUGAGGGUUUCGGAUACAUUCGUACAUGUACACCGUACGCCGAACCAGCCAUGGACCAUAUUCAAGCCAUCUUCUUCACAUUUCAUUGUCUUGUGAACGGUGUCAACUGGACCAAAGAAGACUGUUUGGAUCAUAAGACAUGCCUGCCAAGACUCAAAAAAGCGAUUUUUGCAUUGUUGAAGAAAUGGGCCGGGUUGAAUAAGGGUUCCUACAUUGAAGUGUCGUACGUCGUCGAACAAGUGGAGGAGAUUCGGAGAAUGUGUCCAUACAAGUACCUGACACCUCGAAAUUCUCCGGAUUACGCGUAUCAAGACUACGGUGGAAGCGAAUACUUCGAUACGACCAACUACUUCAAAGCUCUCGAUUACUACGGUCUGACACCAUUCGAAGACAUGCCGGAAGGCGGUGGUCGUCCGACGUGUAUGCUGAUUGGAAUGCAGAGAUUUUUGAUGCAAAUCCAUUGGAUCAAAAGUUUCUUCACCGAGAAAUCGGAUCGAGAGCUCCGCGAGCUCGUUGGACAAUCCGCACUUCAUUUGUUAAACGAGGACAUUCAGAAGGAUGCAUUGAAGUACCUGGUAGGGAACGGCUGCACAACAUACACAAAAUCCAAAAUCGAUGAUCUCAUGAAUCUCCGCCCACCAGCAACAAUUCCGGGAAGCUCCGCCCCUAUGGUCCCGCCUGGAUUAUCGAAAGAAGCAAAAUCAGAUGAAGAGAUAAAAGAGGAAGAAGAGGAAAAUGAAAAAAUUAAGGAUGAGCAAUCGGCAAAAAAGCCUACAAAAAUGGGAAAUUUGAAUAAUUGCAAAUCGUGUGCAGGUUAUAGAGAACGAGCGGCAUUAUUGAGAGCUAGUGCGAAGGAAAUGAAGAAUAAGGCUGAGGAAACGGCCAAAGAAUGGGAACAUUAUACGGAAUACAAGAAGGAGUACGAUCGAAAACAGGACAUUAUUCGGGAUCUUGAAGAGUUA